AUCUAAGAAUCGAGCUUAGUGUUAUACAAAAUAGCAAGAGAGACUUGGUAGUGAGUAGUGACCCAAAAUGAGGUCAAGUAUGUGUGUGGCUUUCCUACUAGUUGUUGCUUUUGCAGCGCUGAGCUCGAGUCCUGUGGCGGCGGCUACACCUCCACGGCCAAAGUUGGAGUGGCAUUACUAUAAGACCCACAACAUAUGCCGCGAUGCUGAGUUGUAUGUGAGGAACCAAGUAAAGCUGUUUUGGAAAUUUGACAAAAGCAUCACAGCAAAGCUCCUCCGCUUGGUAUAUUCAGAUUGUUUCAUCACAGGCUGUGACGCAUCAAUUCUGCUGGACGAAGGACCAAAUACAGAGAAAAAAGCACCGCAAAACCGGGGGCUUGGAGCAUUUGUACUGAUUGACAAUAUAAAAACUUUCGUGGAAAGACAGUGCCCUGGCGUUGUCUCCUGUGCUGAUAUACUCCAACUGGCUACCAGAGAUGCUGUUCAACUGGCAGGUGGACCAGGUUAUCCAGUUUUCACCGGAAGAAAAGAUGGAAUGCGAUCAGAUGCUGCAUCAGUAGACAUUCCAUCACCAUCCGUCUCAUGGCAGGAAGCUCUAGCAUACUUCAAAUCGAGGGGCUUGAAUGUCCUAGAUAUGGGAACACUCUUGGGAGCACACACAAUUGGAAGAACACAUUGUAGCUACAUUACUGAUAGGCUGUAUAAUUACAAUGGUACUGGAAGCUCAGACCCUAGCAUGAAUGCUGCUUUUCUAGACACGAUGAGAAAGCUUUGUCCGCCAAGAAAGAAGGGGCAAAGUGACCCACUGGUAUAUCUGAACCCAGAUUCUGGAUCAAGUUACAAGUUCACAGAAUCAUACUACAAAAGGAUCCUAAACCAUGAAGCUGUUCUGGGAAUUGAUCAACAAUUACUGAAUGGUGAUGAUACUAAGGAGAUCACCGAGGAAUUUGCUGCUGGGCUUCAAGAUUUUAAGAAAUCUUUUGCUGUCUCAAUGUACAACAUGGGGAAUAUCAAAGUUUUAACAGGAAACCAAGGACAGAUACGCCAGAAUUGUCGAUUUAUAAAUAAAUAAAGGCAACCCACAUUAGUAGUGGGAGAUGUUAAAUGUUUAGUGUGGUUUCAGAUAUGCCAAGUUUAAACAGAAUCGUUUGCAUUCUGAAGGUGAAAAAUAAUACAUGAAUAAGGACGUGAACAGUCCCUACUUUGUCGGUUGUAAGUUUAAGCAAUUCGACCUCAAAAAAGAGUUUCAGCAAUUCAAGUAAAAAAUGUUGUAGCAUGUAUGAACCAUAAUAUAUCAUUUCUUUUGCUAACUAA